AUGUUUGAUGUGAAUGAGGCAGCCAGUCCUCAUUGUGGAAAGCUGAGAAAGUGCCACAUGGGGAGAGUGGUGUUAAACGGUCUGGUGAGCAAGUUUUAUUGCAGAACAUUUAAUGUUUGGACUGGAAACCUGGCACACUGCUCCAAGCCGCUGUAUCCUGUCUGCUUUCAUUGUGUCUCGUCCCGUUAUGCCUUCCUGUCUUGCUCGCCUUGCUUUGCUUUGGCCUGUCUGCUCUCCCAUGCUCUUGGUUCUGCUUUGUGCUGCUGGUGGCUGUGUGCUGGUGGCUCAGUGUGCUGUCUCCUGUGUGGGGGACUCAGGGAUGAAGAUCAGUACCUCCUGCGUCACUCCAGCCCAGCCCUGGACCACGACUCACCCUGUGGACAGCACAUGCUGCUGGCACAUUUGGAACACCAGGAUAAGGAGCAGCUCCAAUGCACCCUGGCCCGCCUGGAGAACGAGAACAGGGUGCUGCAGAGCGAGUACAGGCGGCUUAAGUGGAAACACGAAGAGGCGGCAUCAGUUCCCAUGCUGACUGAGGCUGGAGAAGGAGGUCUCGGUUCACCUACAGAAGGAGGGCAGCAGGACGAGGAGCUCUUGGCUGAAGCACGGGUCCUCCGGCAACACAAGACUCGCCUGGAGACCCGUAUGCAGAUCCUGGAGGACCACAACAAACAGCUCGAGUCCCAGCUGCGCCGGCUCAGGGAGCUACUGCUACAGCCCAAAGAUGAUUCAGAGGCCAAUGGAUCAGAACCAUCAACCCUGUCUUCUCCUGUGUCUGGAGGAGGACACCAUGGGGAGCCAGCUAGCAGAGAGACUACAGACACUGAAGCAGCAGGAGAUGAUUUGGAGCAUGAGCAGGACACGGUGCUGCAGCUCCAGGAGGUCAUUGAGCAGCUGAGAAACGUCUUCCCUUCAGAACCUGGCACCACAUCACACAUCUAACCCCGAGUGUGCCUGGAGGAGCAGAAAGAACGCCUGACGGCAGAGGGAGGAGCUCUAUACAGCUGAGGUCGGGCCACAGUAAACCAGGCCAUGUGACCACUGCAGCGGCAAUGAUACUUAGAGCUAACCCUCCACUGGAAUUUUGUGCACUAAAAGCCUUUUUCACGCAAACUGCUAAAGGCUCACGCUGAUGUCCUUUUGGCCAGGCUGCGCUUCAUAGCUUCAGCGGCGCAGCCUGACACCAUGUUAACGAGCCAAAGGAAACUAAUGUUAGCAGCAGGUCAGGGAGAGACUAAAGUGAUGGAAAAUGCCCAGCCAAGACACUGUGAUUACCAGUAUUUGUGUAGUCAUUGAGAGGUGGGAAGCUUUACAUCAGUCUGCAGCACAAAUUGGACCUUCCGUGAAAAGAACCUCAAAAAAAUGCAAAAAGGGAAAAGGAAGGAAAUCCAUUGUUUCUAUCAAAAUGCCUGUAUCUUCAGUGUGUUUCCCUCCCCCCUCCUGAAUGUGUUGUCAUGGUUGUUAUUUUUGUAUUUUGAAACAAGGAGGUGAGCUAAAGCUUAACCGUGUAAGCUAGAUCAGGGCUGGGCUGACUACAUUUUAUGUGGCUGCGUGGUGCAGACUGUCAAGGAGUUGACAGCACCCACAACGGGCUUAUUUACUUUUUCAGAACGACACAUUAUCAGUUAAAUCCAUGACUUAUUUGAGACAGCCAAAGUGCCCGCUAGCACAGCGCCUCUGUAUGCACACACUGUUCCUCUAAUCCUGUCUCACUGCUUGUCGCGCUCAUUGCUCGCCUCUCCUAAGCGAGCCCUUUACACCCAUAAGGCACUAACUGCACUCAGUGUAUGUGCGCACACGUAUGCUGCUACACCCUAUUUGCAAUACCCCCCACGCAUCCACACACAUUAUGCACAAAUAACCAAACGGCUCCCUGCAUGAUCGAUAACAUGUGCUGUGAUGUAUCGCCAGAAAUACACCAUAGGCCAAUUUCAUAAAAACAGAGAUCUAUUUCAUCUCGAAGGAUAUAAACAAGUUCUCGGUGGUAAGCCAAUUUGUUUUGCGAAUGGAACUGUGUUUUGUUUAGGAAAUGUUUGCUGAUAAAUAUCAGCAUGCAUGCCACUGCUCUGAGAUCUUAGAGUUCUCCUGCUUUGUGCAGACAGAAGGAAGGAGCUCCUAAAAGUUAAAGCUCCCCCACCCCUCGAUAUGCUAAUUCCAAAAACUACAGGGGGGGUAUAAGGCACACCAAGAUAACCCAGUCCCACACCAGCUCCAUUCUUAAUAAUCCCUUAAUUCCAUGCAGAUUUAAAAAGAACAGUAGCUACUGACUCUGCAUGUGUCAUUUCCCCUCAUGUUAAUUGCUUUUAGAUUUACAAAAGGACGUGUCGUUGAUAUGGUUUCACCCUCAUCGUAUCAAGCUCGUGGGGUGCAUUUUGUUCUAAACAUAGCACAGUCAAUUAAUGCCUUAAAACCGAGCUGAAUCCAUAAAAGACAAGAGUUAGCCUUUCCCCACGCUUUCUUUCUUUUUUCAUUAUGCUUUAAAUUCAGGGAAGGAGGUUGCGUCAGGCGCGUGUUUGUGCACUAGUGUCUGUCAGACCUGUGGUUGAUUGGAAGUGACAGCUGGAAUGAAAAAGUGUGGAUCAUAGGGUGAAACUGGUUAAAUAAGGCUUGUAUGAGUGAACCCAUGGUGCCGGGUAUGCUUGGAGGGAGUAAAGAUCUAAGAGACAAGAGAGGAAAGGCAUAAAAAAAACAAUCCAUUUAUUGCUUGAGGGCUGGUGGGAGAGAUCCACUUUGAUGUGCCUGCCACAGCAAAAUCUCCAGAAGCAGGACUAAAGUUUGCCUGAAACAAUGAAGCUGUGGUUCUGCGUGUUUCUCCGUACUCAAACCCAUUCUCAUAGAAAAGAUAGUCACAUAUACAUUGAGGAAUCCAUGCAAAACUUUAAAAAUAUCAUUCUGACCCCACAUGCAUGAGUUUAAAACCCAUGUGCUGCAUUCAUUAUGGGAUCUUCCUCCAGGCGCAUAGCGCUCACAUUUGACACCAUCCUCCUCAGCACUCGUUGCCUGUUAGUUUUGAUACCGUUGCUAGGGAACUGCCCCCAAGGACGAAGCUCCACAGGUUUGCAAGUCGGAAAGGUGAUGUGCCAUUCAUAAUACAAAUGCUAAUAGCCUUAAGGGAAGCAAGAGAGGCCCUUGGUUCCCAAACACAGCUCUCCUUUUCUUCACUUCCACCUCCACUGAAACCUGCCACUGUUAAGCUGCUGAAGACAGUCAUUACUAUUUGUUGAAUCCGUCUCCACAUCAGCACUGCUUGAGAAUUUGUUUCGUUAAAGCUCUCGCAACUCAGAACAAAGAGCAGCUGCACAGCUCGUGGGAGAAAGAAAAAAAGCCAUGACAAGCAAUGUUUAUUCAUAGACAUUUAUCUGUUGGUAUUUACACAUCUCAUUACACAGUGAUGAUUAUCCAAAGCUUUCAGUUGCUCCAUACGUUUCUAUGUGAGUACACAAGAUGACGGCGCAGUGACAGGUGGUGAAAAAGAAAGGGAGACAUCCCCCCCAGUAGGACUGCGCAUCAACAGUUGUCAUGUUUAUUUGAACACCAUAUAGCGGCGAAAGAAUGACACAAACAUGUACGCACAUAGACUAGGUAGUUCUACUACAGGGUUACAUUGCGAUUCACAGUUUGUCCCGACAUUUCACUCUGCUGCUGCUCGACACCGCCAUCCAAAUAAAUGAUGAUGCGUGACUGUGUGAUCAUCUGAGGUCUCAUCCGUGUGCACAUUUCUUUACUCCUUGUGGCUUCCUGUUUUGCCCCGCACACACUAACACACACUGCUCCCCGUGGCAUGACUGAAGCCGAGUGAAAAAAGGUUCUCUACAUAAGCCGGAGUCACCCCCAGAGGACGCCGCUAUCACUGUUCAGACUUCUGUUACCGCAUGUAGCUCGCCAACAUGCUCCACGGGCCCUGUCAUUAAUCUGCCGCCUCAGUGUCAGACCCUCCCUCCUGUGUUUACCAGCACGCAUCUAAAUAUGUAACAAGGACACAUGCGCUUGUAUCUCACGCAACAUAUAUACGUUUGUUACUCUAACACACUCGUUUUUUUUCUGACGAAAUGAGGUUUCUUCUCUUCUUUGUGUGUUCUUUUAAAUCACCAUUAAUAUACCUCAUUAAUCAUGAUGUUUGACUUCUUUAACACUUUUGAUUUCCUGUUUUAUUGUCCAGAACUCAAAACACUUCUUUUCGUCUUUUCUCUGGAGUUUUUAAUCUGUAUAAAAAACAAAGGGUUUCUGAAGAAAGGCUUUUUACUGUAAUAACAAAUGGGUUACUGGCUGCUUUCUACUCUUUGUGUACAGAAAUAAAAGUUUGUAUUUGGCAAA